AUGCAAAUGGCGAUCUUUGGGAAGGAGCCAACCAAAGCCUGUGAGUGGCGUAUCAGAGUUUAUCUGAUAGAUGAUUCCGUUCAAGGUAACACAUUUACUCCUGAUCUGUAUUCCACCAAUUUUUUUUCUAUAGGAAUAAAGGUUAAGUCAAAAGAAAAAAAGAAGAAAAACUAAAGAAGAAAAGAAAGAUUAUUGCCUCAAUGAUCCUACUGAAAUAUUUCAUCCUCUUCUUGAAUCACUCUUUUGAAUUUUUCUGUCAUUUUUCUCCUAAGUUAGUUUGCUCUUUGCUCGAAUAAGUUGUUUUAAUUUUUUUUGUACAUCUUUGUUUGACUUGUUUGUUUGUUUUUUUGUUUACGUUGUCGGUAAAGUCUGUUCACCUUUUCCCUUUUAUUCAAUUUUACAGCAGAUUUGCAAGGAAAGAGAAGAUGCAGAAAUGAAAUUUUUGACAACACUGUCCAGCUUGUUUGUAUCCAACAGUGAGCAGGAUAUCAGCAUAGAAGUUUCUGCCGUGGCAUCGGGGUGGCACAUCUCAGGGGAAAAUAUGAAA